AUGAAUACCACCGAUGAUAUUCCAGUUCAUCAGAAGGUAUAUCCUUACCCUGCUGCCUAUGCAGACGAGGUAAAGAAGCAAAUCAGCAAACUCCUGGAAGAUGGUAUUAUUCGACCAUCUCGUUCAGCGUGGACGGCACCAGUAUGGGUUGUACCAAAGAAACCCGAUGCCUCAGGAGAGAAAAAAUUCCGAAUGGUGAUAGACUAUCGGAAGGUGAACGAGAAGACAAUUCCCGAUAAAUAUCCAAUGCCCGAGAUUGGGUAUGUUUUAGAUCAGCUAAAGGGUCAAAAAUACUUCACCACCCUUGAUUUAGCGUCUGGAUUUCACCAGAUUAAAAUGAGGGAGAAAGAUAUCGAGAAAACGGCUUUCGCCAUCAACAACGGGAAAUAUGAGUUCACUCGAAUGCCGUUCGGCUUGAAGAAUGCUCCUGCGAUCUUCCAGCGGGCAAUUGACGACGUGCUAAGAGAUCACAUAGGGAAAAUAUGCUAUGUGUACAUCGAUGACGUCAUCGUGUUUGGAAAGACCCUAAACGAACAUUUGAAAAAUCUUAAAAUAAUUCUAGAAACACGAAAUAAUGCAAAUCUUAAGAUUCAGUUGGACAAAUGCGAGUUUUUGCAUUCUGAAAUAGAAUUUUUAGGAUUUGUUAUCGGUGCUGAAGGAAUCAAACCUAACACUAAAAAAAUUGAAGUUAUCAAUAGACUACUACUGCUAUUAUGUAUUCAACCAGACCAACUUCAAUCGACACAAGAUGUGACACUCGACUUACGGGACGUAGGACGCCAACCAGUCAUGAUCUUCGAUCAAGGCGAGGCACGGAUCAAACUUGACCACACAUAUUACAUUCAUCACUUCAAUCUAACGACUAUUAGAAUGCAAGUAAAAAGCCUUAGAGAUCAGUUUGAAAACUUUAGCAGAAAUCAAUUUUCCGACUUAAUAAUAGAAAAAUUUAACGAAAUAGAUUUUGCGUUAAAAAGCAUAGACCCUAUCAGACGUCAUAAACGUUGGGAUAGCUUAGGCACAGUUUGGAAAUUUAUAGCUGGCAGUCCAGAUGCCAAUGAUUUGAGAAUCAUCAAUUCUACCAUAAAUAAUUUAAUUAUGAACAAUAAUGAGCAGAUCAGGAUUAACCGUGAGAUAAACCUACAAUUGAAGGAAGCAAUGUUUGAAACGAAAAAGGCAAUCAAUCUGUUUAACACAAGAUCAGCCGAAACUUAUUCCACUAAGAUUUUAUUUCAUUUAAACUACUUAUCAAAGAAAUUGAACCAGAUAAUUGAUACAAUCUUGUUAGCUAAAUUAGGAAUAGUAAACGAAAAAAUUCUGAGCCAACGUGAAAUUGAUAUUUUAAUCAAUGAUUUAACUAGGGAAAAUAUAACGGUUCAUACUGCUCUGGAGGCAAUGAAUUAUGCGACGACAUCAGUGGCAACGAACAGUUUGGAAAUUGCACUCAUAAUAAAAAUGCCAAAACUCGACCCGAGAAUAUUCAACAAAAUACGUCUAUACCCAAUCAUUCACAAAAAUAAGCAAAUUCAUAUAGAUCAUCGAUUUUAUCUAACUCACAAAGACGAGAUUUACUCCAUAAACUCAGUCGAACCUACUAUAUUCGACGCAAACGAAAUCAAUUUGGACAAUUCAACCUGCAUACCGAAGCUAUUGAAAGGAGAACAGGCAACUUGUAAUUUUACCACCAACCCAGUUGAAGAAGAAGUUAUUUUUCUAGACAACCAACACUUGUUCAUAAACACUAUGAAAAAUUUCACCCUUUCAUCAAAUUGUGGCCUAACAAACAGAAACCUGACCGGAGCAUUCAUCGUUUUCUUCAGAAAUUGUCAGUUAUACAUCAAUAAUGUUUUAUAUAGCUCAAGAGUAAAAACCUUACCGGGAAACCCAAUACAACUACCCCUAGACGGAAUCGAUGUGAAUAUGCAUCAAGAGAUUCUAAACAUCAGCCUGGACCAUUUACAUAAACUCCAUCUGGAAACGAGGAAGGAGCUGGAUGUUAUCCGGCUAUCAACGAACAGUAUAAAGUGGCCAACAUUAUCCAUUUUCGGGGGAAUUAUGUCCCUACCUAGCUUAAUCGCCAGGACCACAACAGUCGAAGAUCCAGUACCAGACAUCCAACCUAACAUUAGACGUUUGACAAUCAGAGAAGUGAUUCGUACGGAACCUCAUCUCUCAGGAAGGACGAGUUAACGAUGAAGCCACGCGACUCAGGUGCUGACGUCGAAGUUCCUCGAGACAACCGGCAAACAUCGCAAUCGCCAAGCUAGGCAUUUUUGUUAGACGACGACAACGUGCGACCCAAUCGAUGGCAACGUGUGACCGGAUGGAUGGCACCACCGCGAGGAUUGCAGAGUUAGCAGUAUUGAACUGUAGUUAGGGCUAAUUAAUUGAAAUAAA